AUGUGUGCUGCUAAAAUGACAGAAGGGAGCUUGCAUGUGGAAUCCUGCAAGGCACCUUUGUUUUACAGACAAGCUGAACCGGCUACAGGUGAAGUCAAUCUGUCCAUCCUACUUCUGCACGGCAUCCGUUUCUCAUCUGAGAAUUGGCUCAAUAUAGGAACACUGGAGACAUUGGCCAAAGCUGGCUGUCGUGCUGUGGCCAUCGACCUACCCGGUUUUGGCCAGUCUAAGUCAGCGGUGGCCCCAUCCGCUGUAGGAGAGCUGGCCCCUGGUAGGUUCCUGAAGCACGUGUGUGAGGCCCUGGGGAUGGGGCCAGUGGUGGUAGUCAGUCCCUCUCUCAGUGGCAUGUACUCCCUGCCCUUCCUCUUCCAGCACGAUGCUCUGGUCCGGGCAUACAUCCCUGUGGCUCCCAUCUGCACUGAGAAAUUCACAGCAGAGCAGUACAUCAGCAUACAGACUCCGUCUCUGAUUGUCUAUGUCUAUGGAGACCAUCAGCUAAAGGAAGUUUCUCUGAACAACCUGAGGAAGCUAGCCAAUCACAAGGUGUUGAUGAUGAAAGGAGCAGGACAUCCAUGCUAUCUGGACGACCCAGCCACGUGGCACAUGGCUCUCACUGACUUUCUCAGUACGUUGUGAUGUUGUUCAGUAUCAUUGGGAUAUCUGUCCAUGGAUGCAACACUAUACGGUGAAUACCUACUAACAUUUCUUUAUAUAGAAAAUCGACUAUGUAUGCUGUUGGUAACUUGUCGAAUAGACACCGGAUUCAGGAUUAGACCCACCCGUUGUAUAAUAUUUGUCAAAAGCCAGUAGGGAGGAUUUUUUAGUGUGAUGUUUUGGAGACCUGUAAAUAGGUCACUGCUGAUAAUAGUGUAUGUGAACGGUGUGUUUGUAGCCUAUACAGCAGGGGUCUCCAACCCUGUUCCUGGAGAGUUACCGUCCUGUAAGUUUUCACUCCAAUCCCGAGUUGCAACUAACCUGGUUCACCUUAUCAACCAGCAGAUUAUUAGAAUCAGGUGUGCCCUGCUAUAAAGUAUGUAUGUACUGGACAUGAGUCCUGGCAUUUCAGAGAUGUAAAAACAAACACCAGACAAUUAAAUGAAGUGA